AUGGCCGCUUCUCCGUCACAAGCAUCAUUUCUUGCUGAUGUCCAUGCGUCCCGCAACCACACACACCGGCAAAUGCGAGGUGUAUCUGUUGUCAAUCAGUCGGUGCCGUUUCGAAAGUGGUCACUGAGACAUCCUCAUAUUCAUAUGAUAAUUGCGCAACAGCAUCCCGGGGAUGAAAUUGGGCAACAGUAUAGAUAUGAAAAGGAAAAGCGACUGACAUAG